AUGGGUUCACAAGAAUUUCCGACGCACGGAACUAGUACAAAUUUAACCAUUAAAGGUGUCACUAUUUCACAUUCAUAUGGACCUUUAGGAGAUUUUCACAACAAUGUUGUAAGAACUGUUGAAGAGUUCUUUCUUGAAAAAGGAUAUCUUACCAUUGCUUUUAAUUUCAGAGGUUCUGGAAAAUCAGCUGUAGAACAAGCUGGUCUGGUAAGCCAGAAUGUUAUGAUUACAAAACAAUUGUUGAAUUUUUAUUGA